GGCUGCCUGGCGGAGCCGCUGGAGCUGGACUACUUCGGGGGGUCCGUGGGCGGGGAGCCGCCCAGGGCCGAGGGGAUCACCAAGGAAGAGUUCGAGGCUGCGGCCCGGGCCGGCAGGGUGCUGCUGAUAGCGAACGCGACCCGGGGCGGAGCCAUGGAGGGCUGGAGCUGCGAGCGGCUCGCGCAGGAGUUCCCGGAGGCGAGGAUGCGCCGGGAGUACGACUGGAACGCCAACCCCCGCGACAGGAACCUGCAGAAGAUGGGCAGCACCUCGUGGGUGUCGGAGACCACCGCCGGGGAGGAUGCGGCGGACCGCCUCCAGCAGGACCCCAGCGCCCCGCCGUUCGCGCCGUUCUACUGGGGGGUCCGGGAGCACCGGCAGGGGGGCAUAGGGUCCAAGAGCGUUGUCGAGCGCCUGCGAAAGUUGAUCGCCAGGUCCGUGCCGGAGUUCAUGGAUGAGAGGAACGGUGAGUCCCUCUUCGAGAACGCGGAGUUCUGGCUGGGGGCGAAGGGCACGGGGGCACGCGCGCACAUGGACUCGCACUGCAUCAGUACCCUGAGCGUCGUGCUCAGCGGCCAGCGGCGGUGGCGUAUCGGCCCGGUUCCUCGCAUGCCGAAGGGCGGAGGGAGAUCCAGGGACGGCGACGUCGUCUUCGACGACGGCGUAGCGUAUAACCUGAAGUGGAAGCCGAUGUUUGAAUUCACAGCAAACGAGGGCGACGCGAUCCUCUUCCCACCAGGCUGGAUUCACGAGACUCUGAACACAGCGGAGGGGUGCACGGUGGCUUUGACCACCCAGUUCAGGCACCCGGAGCCGGUGUCUUACUACCGCGCCUAUUAUCCGCGGCUCAGGAGGGUCGGCGACAUGAAUUCAUGUUGGAAGUCGAUGUCCAAGUGGGGCUCCCUCGCAGGCGCCAAGCCGAGAUCCAAGAAGCCCGCGGAGAUCCGCGCGCACGCGGACGCGCUCUUCGACGCCAGGAACGGGAGCUUCAGCGUGCAGGAGCUCGGCUUCUUCGACCUGGACGGCGAUCGGCAGGUGUCCCGAGCAGAGCUCGUCGACACGUACGCCGCGUGGGUGGCCACCGAGGGCGCCGUUGCCAAGGAGAAGCUCGCGGCCGUGCCCCGCGUGGACAUGAGCCUGGACGCCCCGAGCGGCGGCCUCUCCGCGGGAAGCGCGGAGCUCUGA